AUGGACCCAUCUAAGCAAAGAACAUCUCUUCGAACUUUUCCGAUCGAGAUUCGCGACAUAAUCUAUCGCCUGUUACUUCAAGCUGCUUGGGAUGGGAACCAUGGUCAAGGUCAAGUUCGCAACAUUCUGGCAGCAUUACGCAACGAUCCAAGUCUUUACAAAGAAGCUUUGGCUGUCUUUUACAAUACCAAUACUUUUUGCUUGACUCACAGGAAUGUUUGGCUUCAAAGAUAUUUCAUUCAACACAAUGGCGUCCGCUUUAUGGAUACUUGUGUUGUUUAUUUGGCAUCAACUUUACGAAACCUCUAUAUUAGAGUCCCACUCUCCGAGCCAAUUAGUGGUCAUAUCAAAGGAUUUGGUAUCCUUGUAGACCAUACGAUUCGUCAAUUCGACAUGGUAUUCGAAACCUCAGGUUGUCUCGAGGGGGCCCUUACCGGUGACAAGAGUUCUUGGCUUUGGGAACAUCGCGGAGAAGAUCAGGGCAGACCAUUGAGAUGGGAAAACCGUCUUAUCGUGAGGUUAGCGGAUCUAAUGCAAUUAAAUUGGCGUGAUCUUGGGCUUUACAAUUGUCACCAAAUGUGGGCUGCUCGUAGCAAAUUGCCCUCCAUAUAUUAUGCCGAACAUGUUGGAACCCCACAAGAAAGAUACACCAGGUAUAUUGAAUAUGAGGCAGAGGUUAGCUAUGCAUCUGACUCGUUUGAGAGAUGCGAGACGGUCGGAAUGUGGAGAUCCGUUGAAAAGUGGGAGUUUCUCGCAGUGAGAGGUCGUUGCGAGAAGGAACAGCAACGAGGUUCUCUCAUCCAUCAUGAGAAGAAGGACGACGAUCAUUUGACAAAGUGGUUGUACGACCAGGGUUUCGAAUGCGAAAUUAACCCUGCACAAAAACAUCUCGCAGCGAGCAGAUGGCGCCAAAAUCAGUGGGAUUGGGGUAAUCCGAGUCAACGCGGCGAAGAAGGCGAGCUAGAUUAUGUACCAAAGGUGGUUGAUGUAGAUGACUUCGUCACGAAAUCUCGCGCUCCAUCGCUCGAUCGUCAACCCACGGCUGCUGGUGAUCCUUCACAGUGUCACACUGGUCACUCGGCUUUCCUCAGCUAUUGGAGUCGUGCGGAUAGUGAUGAGAAUUUACCGCGGGGUGAUGAUGCUUCUGACCUCGACCCUCUGAUGAUUGAUAAGAUUAUGCGGGCGCAUGGUAUUGAUUGGAGGGGUGAUGAGUCGAUGUCAACUGGUGACACGCAAGUACUCGAGGAUAUGGUAUUCUAUCCCGGCGAGGCUAGAUACCAGAUUUUCAACCCGUAG